GGGUGGGGUGGGGUGGGGUAGGGGGGGAUACCAACGAAGGGGAGGGUGGGGUAGGGUAGGGAGUCGACGUAGGGGUGGGGUAAGGUAGGGAAGGUGAGGGUAAAGUAGGAAAUAGGUAGGGGAGUAAGCACACACCUUGAAUUGACCUAUCCAUCAUCAGUCGAGGGCGGGCAGGGGAAGAGAUAGGGUGGAGGCUAUAGUAGACGAAAGGGAAGACGGAGGGGAAGGGAGGGGAGAUGGAGGAGAGGCGGGUAGGUGAGUCUCGCGCGUCGUCUGCUAACCCUUCGCACCCCUUCGCGACCUUGCCCUUUCCCUUCACCCCCUCUCCCUCUCCCUUCGCGCUCCUACGCCUGUCCCUUCGCGCUCCUUCGCCUGCCCCUUCGCGCCCCCUCCCCCGCUCGUUUCGCGCCCCUUCAUCUCCUUCUACCUCGCCACCCUUCCUCGUCCUCCUUCACCGCUCACCCUCUCCCUUCGCGACUCCCCCUUCCCCCUUCGCUUGGCAUCUUCCCCUCCCUUCGCUCCUCUCCCUUCGCAUAGCACCUCCUCCUUUCGUCGGCUGACCGUCCCCCUUUGGCACCCUCCUCCCUUUGCAUAUCCCCCUCGCGUCCCCCUUUCUCUCCCCGCUUCCACCUCC